AUGCCGGCGGCCACCCUGAUGGAGGGCCAGCCGCCCGCGCUGCAGGUGCCGGGGCCGCGGGGCGCGCCCGGGGGCGGCGGCGGGUCCAGCGCGUCCACCCCCUCGCUCCGCCGCCGGCGCUUCAGGCUGCGCCGCGCGGGGAACGUGCAGGAGCGCAGCCUGGAGGCCGGGCCGGCGCGGGCGCUGCCCCUGCCCGGCGGCGAGGCCCCCGGCGGCGAGGCGUCCGGCAAGGAGCUGCUGCGGCUGCCGGCCAUCGAAAUCACGCCCUCCAGCGACGAGGACACGCCGUGGUCCAGCUGCUCCACGCCCAGCGCGUCCCCGCGCCGCCAGCGCUGCCUCCUCCGCAAGUGGCUGCGGCUUCGGGAGCGGCCCGAGUGCGGCGACAGCAGCAGCCAGCACAGCAGCCACGAGGAUGAUGCCAGCAGGUUCCUGAGUCCCCAGGUGCAGGAAGAGAGCACGGCCAGUAACUCGAACCGCAGCUCGCCGGCCUGCUCCCCCGUCCUCCGGAAGCGGCCCCGCUCUCCCCCGCCGCAGAGCCCGGACGCGGACGCCAUGGUGGAGAAGGGCUCCGACCACUCCUCCGACAAGUCGCCCUCCACGCCCGAGCAGGGCGUGCAGCGCAGCUGCUCCUCGCAGUCCGGCCGCAGCGGCGGCGGCAAGAACUCCAAGAAAAGCCAGAGCUGGUAUAAUGUGUUAAGCCCCACUUACAAGCAGAGAAAUGAAGACUUCAGAAAGCUCUUUAAGCAGCUUCCAGACUCGGAGCGCCUCAUUGUGGAUUACUCCUGUGCGCUCCAAAGAGACAUCCUCCUUCAGGGCCGACUCUACCUCUCCGAAAACUGGAUCUGCUUCUACAGCAACAUCUUCCGCUGGGAGACGCUGCUGACUGUCCGUUUGAAAGACAUCUGCUCCAUGACGAAGGAAAAGACAGCUCGCCUCAUCCCCAACGCCAUCCAAGUUUGCACAGACUCAGAAAAGCACUUUUUCACCUCGUUCGGGGCCCGGGACAGGACGUACAUGAUGAUGUUCCGGCUGUGGCAGAACGCACUCCUCGAGAAGCCCCUGUGCCCCAAGGAGCUCUGGCACUUCGUGCACCAGUGCUACGGCAGCGAGCUGGGCCUGACCAGCGACGACGAGGACUACGUGCCCCCGGACGACGACUUCAACACGAUGGGCUACUGCGAGGAGAUCCCCGUCGAAGAGAACGAAGUGAACGACAGCUCGUCCAAGAGCAGCAUAGAGACCAAGCCGGACGCGAGUCCACAGCUGCCCAAGAAGUCCGUCACCAACAGCACGCUGACGUCCACCGCCAGCAGCGAGGCCCCCGUCUCGGUCGACGGGCUGCCCCUGGAGGAGGCGCUGGACGGCGAGGGGCCGCUGGAGAAGGAGCCGGCCAUGGACAGCGUCCUCGCAGAGAAGAUGGAGAUGCUGGCGCCGGUGAGCUCCCCUUCGCUGGACCUCAACGACAACGAGGACCUCCCGACCGAGCUCAGCGACUCCUCCGACACCCACGAUGAAGGGGAGGCCCAGGCCUUCUUCGAGGACCUGAGCGGCCGGCAGUACGUGAAUGAGACCUUCAACUUCAGCGUGGACAAGCUCCGCGACCUGCUGUUCACCGACUCGCCCUUCCAGCGCGACUUCAUGGAGCAGCGGCGCUUCUCAGGCUCUCGCUCCCCAGACAUCGUCUUCCAUCCCUGGAAGAAGGAAGAGAAUGGGGACCAGAGCCGCCUGAUCCUUUACACCAUCAACCUCACCAACCCUCUGGCUCCCAAAACGGCCACCGUCAGGGAGACCCAGACCAUGUACCAGGCGAGCCAGGAGAGCGAGUGCUACGUGGUGGACGCCGAGGUGCUGACCCACGACGUGCCCUACCACGACUACUUCUACACCCUCAACCGCUACACGCUCACCCGCGUGGCCCGCAACAAGAGCCGGCUCAGGGUCUCCACGGAGCUGCGCUACCGCAAGCAGCCCUGGGGGCUGGUGAAGACGUUCAUCGAGAAGAACUUCUGGAGCGGCCUGGAGGACUACUUCCGGCACCUGGAGAGCGAGCUGGCCAAGAUGGAGAGCACCUCCCUGGCCGAGAUGCACCGACAGCCCCCCAAGGAGAAGGCGGGCAAGGCCCCGGCCGUGCGGCGGAGGAAGCGCCCCCACGCCCACCUGCGGGGCCCUCACCUGGAGGAGGUGCUGAGCCCCGUCACCACGCCCACCGACGAGGACGUGGGCCGGCGCGCCAAGCACGUGGCAGGUUCCACGCAGACACGGCACAUCCCCGAGGACAUGCCCAACGCUUUCCACCUGCAGAGCGUGUCCAAGCUGCUGCUGGUUAUCAGCUGUGUGAUCCGCUUCAGCCUGGUGCUGCUGGUCCUCCUUAACGUGAUGCUUUUCUACAAGCUCUGGACGCUGGAGUACACCACCCAGACCCUCACUGCCUGGCAGGGCCUGCGGCUCCAGGAAAGGUUGCCCCAGUCCCAGUCAGAGUGGGCCCAGCUCUUAGAGUCCCAGCAAAAGUACCACGACACCGAGCUCCAGCGCUGGAGGGAGAUUGUCAAGUCCUCGGUGAUGCUCCUGGACCAGAUGAAGGACUCUCUCGUCAACCUCCAGAACGGCAUCCGGUCCCGAGACUACCCCCCCGAGAGCGAAGAGAAGAGGAGCCGCUACCACUGA